UCAUACAAGCCAAGAACAAUCUCUCUCUCUCUCUCUCUCUCUCUCUAUUCACAUCUUCUCCAGCAACGAUUCACCGCGCCAACUUCAGCAAUUGAUUGUAGCUGUGGAGCAUUCCUCUACCCUUUAUAGAACUCUUUGUACAAUAUUAAGGUCUGCGCAUCAAAGAUGGGGGAGAUGACAAGCUUCCAGAUCGGUGUUCUUGGUGCACUCUUUCUUUCGGUGGCAUCAUCUGUCUCCAUUGUCAUCUGCAACAAAGCUUUGAUGAGCAAUCUUGGAUUUCCUUUUGCUACAACUCUAACUAGUUGGCAUCUUAUGGUGACAUUCUGCACGCUUCACGCCGCUCAGCGCUUCAGUUUGUUUGAGUCCAAAUCCAUGGACAUGAAGACUGUCAUGCUCUUUGGCAUCCUAAAUGGUGUGUCCAUUGGACUUCUCAAUUUGAGCCUCGGUUUCAAUUCGGUUGGAUUCUACCAGAUGACCAAACUUGCAAUCAUUCCUUUCACUGUACUACUGGAGACUCUUUUCUUGAAGAAGCAGUUCAGUGAGAAGAUAAAGUUUUCUCUCCUAAUCCUGCUCAUUGGAGUAGGCAUUGCCUCCAUAACUGAUCUGCAGCUCAAUUUUGUUGGAACAGUUCUUUCCAUUCUAGCCAUUAUAACCACCUGUGUUGGUCAAAUUCUGACAAACACAAUACAGAAGAGGCUCAACGUCUCGUCGACGCAGCUGCUUUACCAGUCAGCCCCAUUUCAAGCAGCAAUUCUGUUUGUCUCAGGCCCUGUAGUUGAUAAGUUCCUCACCAAACAAAAUGUCUUUGCUUACAAGUAUUCACCUAUAGUCUUGGCAUUUAUCAUCCUAUCAUGCAUUAUAUCAGUUUUUGUGAACUUCAGCACAUUCAUGGUCAUUGGCAAGACAUCUCCAGUUACAUAUCAAGUGGUUGGACACCUCAAGACAUGCCUUGUACUUGGAUUUGGAUACACAUUGCUUCAUGACCCUUUCACAAUAAGAAACAUUAUUGGAAUCCUAGUUGCUAUGUGGGGAAUGGUCUUGUACUCCUAUUUCUGCACCCAAGAGAACAAAAAGAAACCAUCUCUUGACCUUUCUUUUGGGCCUCAGGUGAAAGAUAAGGACACUUCAUCACUUUUGGGACAUCAAGAUGUAGAAAGUCAUGAUCCAAAGAAAUCUCUUGCUUAAGAAUUGGUUGCUUUUUGGUACUCUUUACAUGAGACAUUUUGUUUGAGUGUACAUGAAUUCAAUUCUUUAUAAAUAAGAAGAGAUUCAUUUUUAGUUCACAA